CAUAAGCUUCUCAGCCAAUAUUUGCCUGCGAAGCAGCCGCACAACAGCAAUACCCAGGGGUCCUCUUUGCUCUUGACCAUUGUUUCUUCUUAAAACCCUAAACCCUGCACGAAGUCUUCUUCGGUUUCACCAGUGCGGUUCUAUUCCUUUAGUUUAGAUUAUCAAAAUAUGCUUCCUGCCUUCAGUUCGCUCCCUUACAAUUCCAACCAAGUCCAAAUUGAUAGAACCAGUGCUUCAGUCGCCCAACAGGUUAUGCCAUCAAAUCAAUGCCAUGAGAAUCCGAGUUGGCCCAAUUCCAUGCAAAUUCAGCCUCAAAUGGGUACAUUCAAUCCUCAAACUGCAAUUCCCUUCAAUAAUACUAAUAGCAAUUUUGGCAAUGGCACCAUAGCAGUGCCCAAUAGGCCGAGUUCGGCACCUUCACCUUCUUUCAUCAAUGCCCCCAAUCAUCUUUUUCCUCUGCAAAAUGGUGUGUCCCUUUUGGGUUCUUCACCCGGUGGGGUUAUGUCUCACCCGGGUCAGUGCCAGGGUGGUUUCAGUCAUCAAAAUUUGAAUUGCAUCCCUACAUCAGUACAGGGUAUGAAUUCUGUACCGAGUAUGAAUGUAAUUAAUCCCUCUCAACAACCUGGCCAAAUGUUUGCUCUUAAUCCUAUGAACAUGCCUCAAUAUUUUAACCAGAAUGCCAGUAUGCAAAGUGGGCAAUUUUACAUGCAGAGUCCAAUGCAAAAUAUUUACCAGUUUGUCCAACCGCAGAUGCCACCGCCUUAUGGUCAAGUUGUUCCUUGUAGUCCCAUGCACCCAAAUAAUAUUUCUCAUGCUAUGGGUCCUCAAAAUCCCAACUUUAUGGCUAAUCCCCAGUUUGGUCUGGUGCAUACGAAUGGAGCUAUGCAGGCCGGUGCCCAAAAUCAGCAUAAUUUUGUUCUAUCAACAAUGGAUGUUAAUGCAUUGAAACAUACCCCUACUACUACUCAGCAGCAAUUAGGAGGGAACUCAUCUUUGCCAAUUGCUCUUGGGUCAGCUCAAUCGCAACAAGUCCCGCAGAAUUUCCGUCCUCAUGUUCUCAUGAAUUCACAGGGCAAUUCGGGAAAAGAUGGUGGGAUUAUUAAUUCAAAUUUGAACUGGAAUAAUUCUCAAAAUCGGAACUGGAAAAGGAAUCCGGAAAGAGAUGCAAUGCACAACAAAAUUUCGAAGACCCAGCCUCAUCAUAGACAAAAUGCAAAGGGGAAGUUCGGGUUUCAAAAAGAACAUGGGGGAAAAGGAUAUAACAAUGACAGAGCAAGAAAAUCUGGUGUCACUAAUUCUUCCAACCAAACUCCGGUGGAACAGAGAAGAUCUCUCCGUUUGAACUACACCGAACAAGAAAUCCAACAGUGGCGAGAAGAACGCAGGAAGAACUACCCAUCAAAAGUCCACAUGGAGAAGAAGCUGAUAGAAUCUGAAGUCAUUGAGAGAUGCGCGAAGUUACGACGCCAGCAACUCAAGGAAAUUUUGGCAAAACAGGCCGAGUUGGGCUGCGAAGUUGCAGAAAUACCGCCGUCCUAUCUUUCAGAUUCAGAGAAACAAGUGAAUGGAAGGGAAGUGAAUCAAAGGCCAAUGACUAAGAAGGAGAGGUUCCAAAACAAGUUCAACAAAAGAGGAAGAUUCCGUCAAAAUGACCGGCUUGCCAAGAAGCAAAUGUUAGCAGACCAUGAUUCAUGUAAUGUGCAUGAUCAAAACAACCGGUUUCUCAAGAAGCAAAAGUUAGCGGAUAACAGUUCAUCAAUACCAUCUACUUUGAGCAAGAGGGAGCCAACUUUUUUGCAGAGGCUUCUAGGUGCAGAUAUUAGGAGAGAUAAAACUCGUUUGCUGCAGGUUUUGAGGUUCACGGUGAUGAAUUCUUUCUUCAACAAUUGGCCUAAGGAGCCUCUGAGAUUCCCCUUGGUAUUAGUUAAAGAGACUGGGUGUGACGGUGAUGUGGUUGAAGAGAAAUCCUCAAAUACGGGGAGAGGUGUUUCUGAAGGAAGUAACAACACAAAGAUUGAAGCAUAUGAGGAUGUAAAUGAUGAAGAUGUCAACAAUGGUGGUGGUGACGAUGACGACAACAAUGUCACUAAUGAACAUGAUUCUCAUGUUCAAGAAGUUGGUCAUUUUACUAGUUUAAAAGGUUGUACUAGAAAGGAAACUAAUGAAUGUGAGGAGGAAGAGGGAGAAAUUAUCGACUAGUAUCCCUGUCUGUGUAUAAUGAACCAUUUCUGGAAACAGAAUUGGGCAACCUAGUGGUUUUAAUUUUUGUUUUUAAUUAAUUUAUUUAUUUAUUCCUCAAAUUGUGUUUGUAAUAUGUCUUUACAAAUGGAAAGAAAUUGUUAAAACAUUCCUGGAAACAGUAUUAUGCAAUUUAUAUUUAUUAUGGUA